CCUUCGACACGCACAGAAUGAAGUUUGUGAUUGCUUUGAGUAUUCUGGUGGCUCUGCUGGCCACCGUGCAGGCUGGCAAGUUGAGCGACAAGUUCGCUCAUUUGAUCCCCAGCUUUGCCACUGGCUUCGUGAUCAACGGCACCGAGGCGGAGCCCCACUCUGCCCCGUACAUCGUCUCGCUGGCCACCAAGUUCGACAAGCAUUCGCACAUCUGCGGCGGCACCAUCAUCAACAAGGAAUGGAUCCUCACGGCUGCCCAUUGCAUCUCCAAUCCCGAGAACAUGAGCGCCAUCGCAGGUCUGCACACCCGCGCCCUGGUCGAUGAGUUGACCCAGCAGCGUCUGAUUGAUUUUGGCCGCGUUCACGAGUCCUACACUGGCGGCGUUGGACCCUUCGACAUUGCCAUCCUGCACGUGAGCGAACCCUUCGUGUUCAACGAGUGGGUCCAGCCCGCUGCCCUGCCCACCCGCGAGGAGGUCCAUGAGGGAGAGUCCCACCUGUACGGCUGGGGACAGCCCAAGUCCUACGUUCUGACCGCCGCCAAGACCCUGCAGACUGUCACCACGGAGCUGGUGAACUACGAGGAGUGCGCCGAUGCCCUGCCCGAGACUGCCCCACUGGAGCCCACGAACAUUUGCUCCUCCUCCCGGCAGCAGAGCGUGUCCGCCUGCAACGGUGACUCUGGCGGCCCUCUGGUCGUGGAGACCGAGAACGCGCCCUCCGAGCUGGUCGGCAUCGUCUCCUGGGGCUACAUUCCCUGUGGACUCGCCCAGCUGCCCUCCGUCUACACCCGCGUCUCCGCCUACGUCGACUGGAUCCAGGCCAAGCAGACCGCCUACUACACUCUCUUCUAAAGGGAUUGAGUUCCACUCUUGUAGAUCAACUUCCGAGGGAUUCCGCUACGAGAAUCCAUUGAUAAGUUGAUGGAAGAACCACUGAUGGAUGGUGAAAUAAAUGCAUUCGUCUAAAGUCUA